AUGCUGGGGGGCGGCGCCGGAGGCGGUGGCGCGGGCCUGGGACUGGAGCUCUCGGCGGUGAUUCAGGCGGCCGUCGUCGGCCUCGUGCUCUUCUCCGCGGCCGUCAUCGCCGUGCGCCGCGCCGCCUCGCGCUACUUCGUCGUCGACGCCGCGGGGUUCGCCGCCUCCUACGACGAUCACUACCACAGCUCGCCUCACUACCCGAUGGGGAAUCCGCAGGAGCAGGGGACCGCCGCAGCGGACCUCACGGGGCCCUGCGCCGCGUGUGGUGGCGUCGCCUCCAAGAAGUGCUCCCGGUGCAAGCGCGUGCGGUACUGUUCCCAAGAUUGCCAGACAAAGCAUUGGCAAACGGAGCACAAAUUCAAGUGCAAACAAAUGAAAUCAUUGGAUCCUGCUGACAAGUUAUCCUGUGGAAUUGAGGCCAACAGUAAGAAAUCAUCAGGUUUCGGCCGCAUCUCAUUGGUGCCUGCCUGUAAAAAGAUAAGCAAGGGUCAGGUUCUCUUUCCUUAUGAUGAAUUCUUAAAAUUGUACAACUGGAAGGACCUUUAUGUUGUACCUUGUGGGCUUAUGAACUGUGGCAACAGUUGCUUUGCUAACGUGGUUUUACAAUGUCUCUCAUACACGAGACCACUUGUGGCCUAUCUCUUAGGAAUGGACCAUAGCAGGGAAUGUUCUAUGAGACAUGAAGAUUGGUGUUUUUUAUGUGAGCUACAAUGUCAUAUUCACAGAGCUAGUGGAAGUUUGCACCCAUUUGCUCCUACAAACAUUCUUUCUCAUCUGCCAAAUAUUGGUGGCAAUCUUGGCUUUGGUAGGCAAGAGGAUGCUCAUGAAUUCAUGAGGUUUGCAAUUGAUAAGAUGCAAUCUGCUUGCCUUGAUGAAUAUGGAGGUGAGAAGGCUGUAGAUCUUAGCACCCAAGAGACAACCAUUAUUCAGCACAUAUUUGGUGGGCGACUGCAGUCACAGGUUCAAUGCACUGCAUGUGGAAUGGUCUCAAAACGCUAUGAUAAUAUGAUGGAUUUGACUGUUGAAAUUCAAGGUGAUGCUGAAUCAUUGGAAAAAUGCUUGGAUCAGUUCACUGCUAUCGAGUGGCUUGAUGGGGAUAAUAAGUACAAAUGUGAUGGAUGCAACGACUAUGUGAAAGCACGGAAGCAUCUUUCAGUUCAUCAAGCUCCAAAUAUACUUACUAUCACUCUCAAAAGAUUCCAGAGUGGUAGAUUUGGGAAACUGAAUAAAAGAGUUACGUUCCCUAUGGAGUUAGAUCUGACACCAUACACGAGUUGCACUGAUGGAAGUGACCUGUAUGAUCUCUAUGCUGUGGUCGUUCAUCUGGAUAUGCUGAAUGCGUCAUUUUUUGGACACUAUAUAUGCUAUAUCAAAGGUUAUCAAGGAAGGUGGUAUAAAAUUGAUGACUGCAAGGUUAUGGUUGUUGAUGAGGAGGAAGUACAUGCUCAAGGCGCGUAUAUGCUUUUAUAUAGCAGGAGAAAAGCUCGUCCCAGGCCACUUGUUACAGUUGAUGAGUCUGUGAAACAGCAACAACAGUGCAAAUUGUUCCCUUCAAAUGGACAAAGCCACAUGAUACUAGCAGAUGCAACAUUAAACUGUGUAUCAUCUUUGAAGACUACAGAAGAUCAGUUACAGCAGGAUUGUGAAUCCAAUAAUGAAUCUUUGCAUGAAAUGGAUAUUAAGGACCAGGAGUCAGACUUGGAUCUACGUACAAGCAUUGAAGAUGACAAAUUCAUUAGCAAUGAAAAUCUACAUAUACCAGGUUCACUAGUAUCACAUGUUCUCGAAGAUGCUAGAGCUCCAGAUUCCUUUGCAGAGCAAUGCGAGGUGCAAGUUGGCCCUCCUUUAGAAGGUGGUCCUAUUACGAUGAGCUCUGUGCAGUUUGGCAACUCCACAAGCGAAGCAUCUUCAGAACAUUCCUUUGCAGAGCAAUGCGAGGUGCCUGCCUCAUGUAUUGAUUCAGUUGACUAUAUGGAUGUUGAUACUGAAGCUGGCACAGAAGUUGAGAGAUGGGACGGACAAAGACCUGUCUUAGAUGAUUCAGUUGGAAGGCCGAAUAAUAGCACAGCAAUUCUAACUGCAAAUGGGAUGUCAGGAGAACCCAAACCAUCAUUUUCCUCUGGUUUUUUUGAUAAGCUCUCAAGAAAAAGGUCUUCCUUUGCAGAAGAGGAUAGUGCUGGCUCUCCUCGAAAGUUAAAUGGCUAUUGCAAUGGACAUCUCAGCAGUCUAGAGCAAGGAGUUCUUGCCAACUCUGGAAGUGAAAAGUGCAAUGGAGAUACACUCGUGACAUCCAUUAAUGGCAAUUACUAUGCAGUCAAUGGUGAUAUACAAUCUAGCAAUGAUUCCUUGCAUGCAGACAAGAGAGAUGUGCCUUUUGUUUCUCAUGGCUUUGAGCCAAGACCUUACAAAGUACUAUCAGACAGCAACAACAAUUGCAGUAGGACAAGCAAUGGGAAACCUAAAGCUUGCCAAGGGGACAUGUCAUUUUUACCUCGGGGCUUCCUUGGAAGGCCUAGUCCUAGAGGAAUUUCAGUCAAAGCAGAUGAUGGCUUGCCAUUUAGUAAUGGUGCAUCAUCAUCCUUUGGGAAUGGAAAAAGUAAGUCAAGUAACAACUCAUCUUCUAUAGGUGGCUUGUCUCCUGGUUUCCUUACAAGACAUCGCAGGGAAUCCACGGUCCUAGGCACAAGCUCUGACAUUUCAAUGGAUACAAAAUCUAAUGGUGCUGCAGUAAUGCCAGACCAUGCAGAAGAAAGGGUUUCGGAUUGUACGACAAAUGGAUCUUCAUUCCAAAUAAGAGCAGCGUCCGACCACCUUGAUGAAAAUGGCCUUGCAAUUUUGACCACAAAAAAUAACAGCUGUGGGCAAGAAAAUGACAGUAAUGGAACCCCCAGCAUGAAUCAUGAUGGAUCUGAACAUGAUGGACUGCGCCGACGAAUAACCUCAAAAAAAUUUGAGCAGGAUGGUAUUGAUGCCCAAUAA